UCCCGGAGGGGCGGGGGGUCCGCGGCACAGGCAGUCGGAGCGCGCGGCUGCAGCGGCGGAGCCGGAGCCGGAGCCGGGAGCCGGAGCCGGGAGCCGGAGCGGCGGCCGGAUCGUAGCCCGCGGGGCCCGCCGCAGCCAUGGGGAACCGCGGCAUGGAGGAUCUCAUCCCGCUGGUCAACCGGCUGCAGGACGCCUUCUCCGCUAUCGGCCAGAACGCGGACCUCGACCUGCCGCAGAUCGCCGUGGUGGGCGGCCAGAGCGCCGGCAAGAGCUCGGUGCUCGAGAAUUUCGUCGGCAGAGACUUCCUGCCCCGAGGGUCAGGCAUCGUCACCCGACGCCCCCUGGUCCUGCAGCUGGUCAAUGCCACCACAGAAUAUGCCGAAUUCUUGCACUGCAAGGGGAAGAAAUUCACCGACUUUGAGGAGGUGCGUCUGGAGAUCGAGGCUGAGACCGACCGAGUCACUGGCACUAACAAGGGCAUCUCGCCGGUGCCGAUCAACCUCCGCGUCUACUCGCCGCACGUGCUGAACCUGACACUGGUGGACCUGCCCGGAAUGACCAAGGUCCCGGUGGGGGACCAACCUCCUGACAUCGAGUUCCAGAUCCGGGACAUGCUUAUGCAGUUCGUCACCAAAGAGAACUGCCUCAUCCUGGCUGUAUCCCCGGCCAACUCCGACCUGGCCAACUCCGAUGCUCUGAAGGUUGCCAAGGAGGUGGACCCCCAGGGCCAGCGCACCAUCGGGGUCAUCACCAAGCUGGACCUAAUGGACGAGGGCACAGAUGCCCGUGAUGUGCUGGAGAACAAACUGCUCCCCCUGCGCAGAGGCUACAUUGGGGUGGUGAACCGGAGCCAGAAGGACAUUGAUGGCAAGAAGGACAUCACGGCGGCCUUGGCCGCUGAACGCAAGUUCUUCCUCUCCCAUCCGUCCUACCGCCACUUGGCUGACCGCAUGGGCACGCCCUACCUGCAGAAGGUCCUCAACCAGCAACUGACCAACCACAUCCGGGACACCCUGCCGGGGCUUCGGAACAAGCUGCAGAGCCAGCUCCUGUCCAUCGAGAAGGAGGUGGAGGAGUACAAGAACUUCCGGCCAGAUGACCCAGCUCGCAAGACCAAGGCUCUGCUGCAGAUGGUCCAGCAGUUUGCCGUGGACUUUGAGAAGCGCAUUGAGGGCUCAGGGGACCAGAUCGACACCUAUGAACUGUCAGGGGGAGCCCGCAUCAACCGGAUCUUCCAUGAGCGCUUCCCCUUUGAGCUAGUCAAGAUGGAGUUUGAUGAGAAGGAGCUCCGAAGAGAGAUCAGCUACGCCAUCAAGAAUAUCCAUGGCAUUAGAACGGGGCUCUUUACCCCAGACAUGGCCUUUGAGACCAUUGUGAAAAAGCAGGUGAAGAAGAUCCGAGAACCGUGUCUCAAGUGUGUGGACAUGGUUAUCUCGGAGCUAAUCAGCACGGUUAGACAGUGCACCAAGAAGCUCCAGCAGUACCCCCGCCUGCGGGAGGAGAUGGAGCGCAUCGUGACCACCCACAUCCGGGAGCGCGAGGGUCGCACCAAGGAGCAGGUCAUGCUUCUCAUCGAUAUUGAGUUGGCUUACAUGAAUACCAAUCAUGAGGACUUCAUAGGCUUUGCCAAUGCUCAGCAGAGGAGCAACCAGAUGAACAAGAAGAAGGCUUCAGGGAACCAGGAUGAGAUUCUGGUCAUCCGGAAGGGCUGGCUGACCAUCAACAACAUUGGCAUCAUGAAGGGGGGCUCCAAGGAGUACUGGUUUGUGCUGACGGCCGAGAAUCUGUCCUGGUAUAAGGAUGACGAGGAGAAAGAGAAGAAAUACAUGCUUUCCGUGGACAACCUGAAGCUGCGGGAUGUGGAGAAAGGUUUCAUGUCGAGCAAGCACAUCUUUGCCCUCUUUAACACUGAGCAGAGGAAUGUCUACAAGGAUUAUCGGCAGCUGGAACUGGCCUGUGAGACACAGGAGGAGGUGGACAGCUGGAAGGCCUCCUUCCUGAGGGCUGGCGUGUAUCCGGAGCGCGUUGGGGACAAGGAGAAAGCCAGCGAGACUGAGGAGAAUGGUUCGGACAACUUCAUGCACUCCAUGGACCCACAGCUAGAGCGGCAGGUGGAGACCAUCCGGAACCUGGUAGACUCAUACAUGGCCAUCGUUAACAAGACCGUGAGGGACCUCAUGCCGAAGACCAUCAUGCAUCUCAUGAUCAACAAUACGAAGGAAUUCAUCUUCUCGGAGCUGCUGGCCAACCUGUACUCGUGCGGGGACCAGAACACACUGAUGGAGGAGUCGGCGGAGCAGGCACAGCGGCGCGACGAGAUGCUGCGCAUGUACCACGCACUGAAGGAGGCGCUCAGCAUCAUCGGCGACAUCAACACGACCACUGUCAGCACGCCCAUGCCCCCGCCUGUGGACGACUCCUGGCUGCAGGUGCAGAGCGUACCGGCCGGACGCAGGUCACCCACGUCCAGCCCCACUCCGCAGCGCCGAGCCCCCGCCGUGCCCCCAGCCCGGCCCGGGUCGCGGGGCCCUGCUCCUGGGCCUCCGCCUGCUGGGUCCGCCCUGGGGGGGGCGCCCCCCGUGCCCUCCAGGCCGGGGGCUUCCCCUGACCCCUUCGGUCCUCCCCCCCAGGUGCCCUCGCGCCCCAACCGCGCCCCGCCCGGGGUCCCCAGAAUCACUAUCAGUGACCCCUGAGGAGCGUCAGCCACGCUGGCUCUCUCACCUCCCUUCUCAGCGAGCCUCGGGACUCAGUGCCACUGCUCAAGACCUCCAUGGCUGAGCCUGGGGAGCUCUUGGGACAGGCUCCGCACCCAGGCUGGCAGACAUGGGUGCUCUCUGGAGCCGUCAGGGAGGGCAGAGAGCUCACGGUUUAUGGUGUAGAGGCAGGGAACUCGGAGGGGGUGGGCGUCGUUGUGCGUGGGGCCAGACUCAGACAGCCAGAGGCCUUGGAACUUCAUCCUGGGGAGGCCACACUCAUUUCCCCAUCUGAGCUGUGCUGUUGGGGCAAGGAGCUCUGGGAACCGAAUCCACGAUAGGGCAGAGGAGGUCGGAGCCCCAUCUCCUCUAUCAGAUAGCCAGCGAUUGAGCAGCAAUCUGGGGCCAAGGCUCUGGUUAUGUGCUGGUUUCUGAAAGCUGGAGGGCCCUGUCCACACCUCACAGGUGAGGCAGGGUCACACGGCCCCUUCCCCUACCUCCUUGGUGUUGUCACGCCUGUGAAGGCACACUACAAACCACAGCGUCCUCGGCCCUAGACGAAGCACCAUAGCCCGUCCACGGGCUCGUGGGCUUGGGCCUGUUGCUCCUAGGGGUGACCUACACUUUUCAGUCAAGGGGACAACAGUGUCCACUGACCUGAGCCUAGUCAACUUCUCCGAGUCCCACCCUGUCUGGGCCGCACAUUCACCCAGCGACCCGCCUGUCACUCUGCCCCUGCCGCUGACUCUUGCUCUUCUGCUUUUCCCCAGCAGGAAGGGCCCAGCCUCACCUACGCGACCUGUGGUCCCCCGACCAGCUGAGGCUCCCCUCUUAGACUUAUAAGCCUGUGGCCAACUGGCAUCCGGCUGCCUGACCUCCCUGCCUCCCCAGGGUCCCUUCCGAGGACUCCGGGCUUUCUGCCCGCCCAGAGGGGUGUCCAGUGCCCCCUCCAGCCAUCCUUUUAGCUUCGCCCUCCUGGCUCAAACAGUGUUCUUUCUCCUGUCUCUCUCCAUGAGGACUGGUAGCUGUGGCCACGGGGCACGCGGCCCCACACUCCAAGGCUAGGGGUGGCCCUGGGCCAGUACGUUGGAAGACAAGGGGGCCACAAAAAGAGGGAAGGCAGAGGGGCUGAGCAUGUGUCUGGAGCUGUGGGUGCACUGCCUGGUGGUGUAUGAGAGACCAGCGUGCGUGGCGGGGGGGGGGGGGGGGGGCUGCCUUGACCUCCACCCCAGACCCUGGGGAAGCUGUGGCCCCCAUUCAUCUCCAGUUCUCCCACCUUCCCUUUCUCAUCUCUCUCCUCCAUUCCAGAACCCUUGCCCACACCCGCAGCUUCCUUUUCUCCCCCUGCCCUCCCCUCCUGCCCCACCGGGCUUGGCAUUGCUUGCCUUACCAGUUCUCUCCCUCCUUCUCUCCGUUCUCUCUUUGCUUUCUCUCCAACUGCCAGCCGAUCGGGUCAGGCAAGUCCAUCCCGUCCUGAGAGCCCCAGGCCCCCCUUCGACCUCUAACCAGAUCCCUCUGUUCCUCGGAGACCUCCCUUUCCAAGCCUGCCUGGAUGGCUGUUCUGUGACUUGACAGUGGCUCCCCAGCCCCAAAGCCUCCCCCUUCAUCUGUGACUUAGUCUGUUGUAGUGGUGAGCUGACACAUCCAGGCAUGAUGUUGGUGAAAACUUGUGCCCCCUCUGUGGUAUUGCUCCUACCCCAUUCUAUAAAUAUCUAUAAAUAUUCAUAUAUAUAUACAUACACACACACACACACACGGCCGCCACAGCCUCGCCGCUAGUGUUGGGAAUCAAUCACCAUGCUGUCCCUGAGGAGUCUUGUGGCCCAACUACAAGGGAACACUGUCACCCUGACAUCCCCCUCUCCAGCGUGUGCCACCUCUGAUGAGCCUCCCCAUCAUGCCCAGCCCGUGGACAGCCACCUUUCCGUCCCUCCCCCAGUCGAGCACGGGGGUGCCAUACUGGCAGCUGUGUGGUUCCCUGACUACCACCAGUCUUGCUGUCUCUUGGCUGAGAAUAAAACCCAUUUCUGGACAAUGGGAAACUGUCCUC